UGUAUAGGCACGACUGGUGCCAUCCUAUCCUAUCCAUCAGAACCGCGGUGAUUUUAAGAUUCAGAAGGCAUCAUCCCAUCAUCCCAGCCAGCCCUGAUUGGCUGAAAGAAGGAGCCAUUCAAUAGCGGUGUGGCGAAGGUGUGGUGACACUUGAACGUGGACCACUGAGGACAGAGCCAGUACCCCAAGAUGACCAGUUUUGAUGUGGAGGCUGUGGUGGAGACCCAGGCUGUGAGCAGGUGUUGGAGCACGGUGAAGGGACGUCGUUAACUUGCAUGCAUGCACCCCACGCCGUCGUCCCCGGUCCGGUUCGCAGACUACUGCCGCCGGCGGGAAGAUGCUGAGCCGACUGAUGAGCAGCAGCAUCCGGAGUCUGGACCGAGAGUGCAACUGCACCGUGAGGCUGCUGGACGACUCCGAGUACACCUGCACCAUCCAGCGGGACGCUAAGGGACAGUACCUGUUUGACCUUAUCUGCCAUCACCUCAACCUGCUGGAAAAGGACUACUUUGGCAUCAGAUAUGUGGAUCCAGACAAACAGCGGCACUGGUUGGAGUUUACAAAGUCAAUUGCCAAACAAAUGAAAUCUCAGCCUCCUUUCACCAUGUGUUUGCGUGUCAAGUUCUACCCUCCUGACCCCGCCGCCCUUCGAGAAGAGAUCACCAGAUAUCUGGUCUUCCUGCAAGUGAAGAGGGAUCUCUACCACGGUCGCCUCUUGUGCAAGACCUCAGACGCUGCACUCUUGGCUGCAUACAUAUUACAAGCUGAAAUUGGUGACUACGACCCCGGAAAGCACCCCGAGGGCUACAGCUCUAAGUUCCAGUUCUUCCCCAAACACUCUGAGAAGUUGGAGCGACGCAUAGCAGAGAUCCACAAGACGGAGCUGAUAGGUCAAAGUCCCGAAACAUCAGAACUCAACUUCCUCCAGAAGGCUCAGAUGUUAGAGACAUAUGGAGUGGACCCACAUCCAUGCAGGGACGUGUCUGGUAAUCCGGCUUUUCUGGCGUUCACACCAUUUGGAUUUACUGUGUUGCAAGGAAACAGGAGGAUUCAUUUCCUCAAAUGGGAUGAGGUGACCAAGCUGAAGUUCGAAGCAAAGACAUUCCACAUAUAUGCAAGUCAGACAGAGGAACAGAAGAUCAUAUUGACCUACUUUGCGCCAACCCCUGAGGCCUGUAAACACCUGUGGAAAUGCGGUGUGGAGAAUCAAGCCUUCUAUAAGUUGGAGAAGUCGAGUCAAGUGCGCACAGUGUCCAGUAGCAAUCUCUUCUUCAAGGGUAGUCGCUUCCGAUACAGUGGAAAGGUUGCAAAAGAGGUCAUGGAGCAAAGCGCCAAAAUAAAAAGGGACCCACCUGAAAUCCACAGGGCGGGCAUGGUGCCAAGCAGGAGCUGUCCGUCCAUCACACACGGCCCCCGUUUGACGAGUGUUCCCAGGACAAGACGGAGAGCGGUGCACAUCUCCAUCAUGGAGGGUCUGGAGUCCCUCAGAGACAGCGCCCACUCCACGCCGGUGCGCUCCGUCUCCCAUGGCGAAUCCUUCAUGCCCUCUAGAGGCCAGGCAGUGGACGGCAGUGAGGCCAGCUCCUCUGCGGUCAUCUCCGACGAGGCCUACAGCCCCGCGGACAGCGUCCUGCCUACGCCCGUGGCUGAACACGGGAUGGAGAUGCACCUCAAUGGCACGCCCCGCAACAUUGACGAGGACGAGUGUGGGGCAUCGAUGGAAGGCCAGGUGGCGGAGUCUAGGGUUGGUAGGAGAGCGCCACGCUUGGCUAGAAGCAGGCCGUCGCCACCUAGUGACGUGGAGGAGCUGCACAAAUUCAUCCUGAGUGUUCUUCGUCUGUUUCUGGUCACCAUCGGACUGCUUUUCGCCCUGCUGCUGCUCCUCAUCAUGCUGACAGAGUCUGACCUGGACAUCGCCUUCCUGAGAGACAUCCGCAAGACACCGGAAUUCCAGCAGUUCCACAUUGAGUACUUCUGCCCGCUGCGGCGCUGGUUCGCCUGUAAGCUCAGAUGGAUGGGAGGGCUCCUCAUCAGCAAGUGAGGCCCAACAAGAAGAAGACACUGCUGCUAAAGCAUCCACUGCAGGCGCCGUACAACAGAAACAAAGAUGGCGGCCCUUUUCCCCGUUACACACAGCUUUUCCAUGUCACAAGCCACGGACUGUCCCUUAUUUGUUCACUAUGAGAGGACAAGCACUCGUAUUACGCAGGUUAAUUUAAAUAUCUUAUUUUUGUACAACGUCCCAGUAGGAAAGAUUGAAAUUCAAAUUUACUUUUCAAAAUAAUUGAGUAUUGAUAACAAUAUUAAUACUAAUAAUAAAACUAAUAGUAAUAAUAAUAAUUUGAGAUCUUGGAUUAUAAUUUAAAAAAAACAAUAACUAUUAUUAUUGGAUUAUUAUUAUUAUUAAUAAGGUGCAUCUGCAUUAGGCUGAUUAUUUUAAUAAUGACAAUACUAAUAAGUAUAAUAUUCUUAGUUAUUGAUACGCUCUACACUUACACUUACACAAGAAAAUAUUGAUAAUAUUUAAUUAAAAUCUAAUUUGUAUUAUUUAUAUAUUAUUAUUAUUAUUAUUUCUGUGUUGCAGUUAUUCAAUCUUGAGCUAUAUCGUGUUGCGUGUGUGUUUGCAGUCAUGCAGUAACCGCGUCAUAAUGCUGUUUGUAAUAUUUGGACUGUGUCAUGUAGCUAAAAAUAAGGUCAACAAAGUACUAGAAACAGCUUAUACAGUGCACUUCUACACUACUCCAAACGACAACCACAAUAAUAAACAUAUUAUUGACAGUGUCGAUCCAAAUGAUUAUAGACUGUGCAAGUGUACUUACUGUCGUGGUCCCGUACCGUAUGUCGGAACGCUAUUACUGAAGGUUACAGUCAUGCGAUGUAGACAAGGAAGGCAAUCUAAUCUCAUGUUCUCAUUUGUAACAACAAUGAGGAUGGUUAAGUUGUUUGAUCAUGCGGGCAAGAGAGAAAGUGCGACAUUGAGGGGAAAGAUGAGUGUGGAUAAGAUAAGAUCGUAGUUAAAGUAUGAUUCUUUUUACACAGUUUUAGGUGUUAAUGGUAAGGGAGUGUUGUGCCAUAAUGAAAUAAAUAUAAGGACAUUAAAAUGAAUAUUUCAAAUUGGAAGUAGUUACUUACAACGUGAACAUUUUGGAAUUCAUCAUAAAAUGAACUGAGUAAAUGUACAACGUGAUGUAUGUCAUUGCAACUUGAGGAUUAAAUACCUGUAAUAAAGGUAGUGAAUGUGUUAUUUUAAUACAUAAAUGAGUCAGCAGUUUCACGUUUUAGUAAAUUGUUAGGCAAUUUAAUACAUUUAUUUUAUUUUAUUAAGCCAAAUGUAUAAAUUUAAUCAAUUUAAUUAAAUAAAUGCAAUUUAUUGAGUUUCCCUUGAGAGAUUCAGCAUAAUUAAUUAAAAAAUAACUUGAUUAUAUCAAAAUAAAUCUACAAAAUCAUUAUGUUAAAUUCCAUCCAUCCAUUUUCUAUACCGCUUCUUCCUCAUUAGGGUCGCGGGGGCAUGCUGGAGCCUAUCCCAGCUGACUUCGGGCGACAGGCGGGGUACACCCUGGACUGGUCGCCAGCCAAUCGCAGGGCACAUAUAGACAAACAACCAUUCACACUCACAUUCAUACCUAUGGACAAUUUAGAGUCGCAUUAUGUUAAAUUCAAUAAUUUAUUACAUUUUUUUUAUUUUGGCACAAAAAAACAGAGGAGAAAAACAAACUCAGCCACACCGUGCAAAUAAAAGUCAAACAAAUACAUUUAGCACCUUUGUUCUUGUCGUUUGGUCUUGAAAUAAUUACAUACUGGAUUAGUAUUUGUGCACCUUUGUCUUUUACCAUCCAAAGACUGUAGAGGAAUGAAAAUGGUAGUUUAAAAAAAUAAAAUAAACAAACUAUCAGCCAAAUAAUGCUCACAUCUACAAUCAUCUUGUGUGCAAGUAAUAGGCCGAUGUGACCUAAAGCUCGUAGUGCUCGUCAAGUGUAUGGUUUGCUCGAUACUGUUAAUCACAGACUGUAAGUAAUCCCGUCACUGAUGGCUAAUGUGACAUUGUUGCAUCAUUUUGUAAAGUGCAAAAAGAGUAGAAGAGCAGCUUCUUUUUUUUCUUUUUUUUUUUUUUUAAAGGUGUGAAGUGAAAAUUUGAGUUUUGUGUUUCAUGUCGCAGUCAUGCUGAUGCUAUUUUAAUCAACGUGCCAACCAAAGAAACAAUUUGUGUUUGUGCUGCUUUCGCCUUAGCCUGCAGUGUCUUUACUGGCAAAAAGCUUGUAUCUAAUUAAGAGAGGUUAGGAGAGGUUUGCAGCAAUAGAAACGGUUCAGGUACACUUUAUGGGGUAAAAUGUAAAGACACCACUUUAAUUAUCAACCAAUCAAUCAGGAGUUGGACUAGACCCCCCGGUUCCACUCUGAAUCUUCUACCAAUCUACUGGAAUUCUUCAUCUUAUCAAGACAUUUUGGACAAUUUUAUUCUUCAAACUGUGUGGGAAUAGUUUGGGGAAGGCCCUUUUCUGAUCCACAUUGCACAAAGCCAGGUAGAUAAAGGCAUGCUUGGAUGGGUUUGGUGUGGAAGAAUGCCAUCGAAGCCCUGUGUGAUUACCCAAAACGGAGAUGGCGAGUCUGGGUCGGCGUAUAACUUGGAGGAACAGCCUUGCCUACAUAGUGUAGGUAGCAAGCGCUUAUCGGUCAGUGAAAUGCGAUCACGUGGUGGCAAGUAGGAGCUCCCAAUCGUUAGCAAUCCCGUGAUGCACCACAUUAAGUCAGCCAGUGUCCUGAUCAUUUGCAGAACUUGCUAACUAGGAGUGUCACGAGACAAGGCCACAUUUUAACUAUACUUUUGAAGAAAAGUACAGUGAAAAAAUAUAAGACAAUAUAUUACAAUCUACUAACAUAAUUUCUACUACGUUACACUUCUGCACUGUGUGUAUGCUAGGGGUCCCGCCUCCACCCACUGAGACAAAGAGACUGUAUGACUGACAAAAGGGCUCACUCUGUUCAUGCCAUUGUUCUAUGGGACAAAUGCGCCAAGGUCCUGAAGUCAAUGCACAGAGUGAACCCUCUUCCUGUUUCAGACGAGGAGACGAGGAAACAGACAUGCACAUGGCAAUAUAUUGAACCGGGAAAAAUUUUCAUCUAUUGUGGAAUUAAUUAAUUGAUAUAUUAUCGUCCCAGUCCUUGUGCCCACGAGUUUUUUUCUGAAGGAGAAGACUUGCCAUGUUUUCAUUUUGUGACACUCCUAGCUAACAGAUAACGUUAACACAUUAGAGCACUAAUAUAAACACUCAUAAAGCCAAGUUGUUUUUAAUUAGGAUUUAAUUAGUGGGAUAUUGUGGCACACUGAGUGAUUUUAGCACUGAUAAAAACUAAUGAAAAUAUAAAGUUGAAUAUAAAUAAAUCUAAAUACACAAAUAUAAAGUUGACUUUUUAUGGUUCUUUGAAAAAAAGCAAUAAAUAGUGCAGAUCAUGUUCAGUGAUGACGAUUAAGGUUUGCAAGUGUGCUCUUAGACAGCAUGGAUGCAUGUGUGAAGAAUUUGUUGCUGCAUUGUCAAAAAUGUGACAAAAUUGUUAAUUUAAUGUACAUCACAUCUGCUUACGUUGCCAAUCGACUCGCUUGGAUCACAAGUUUUCGACUGACAAUGGACCUUUCGUGUUGUACUUGGAAAGAAAAAGUGCACAAGUAGCGAACACCAACCUUGAAUGCAGAUUGACUGUCUUUGUCAUCAUCCUGAGAGGGGAGACCAGAUAUGAUUGGUUUAUAAUGAUAUGAUCUCACACUGUGUUGCUUCCGACCAGUAACCAUCCAAUCGUGGCUCUCUGCACAUGGACAAAUCUCUGUAAGCAUGUCUUCUGCGUUUAUUAUUGCCUCCCAACAAGUUUAGAAAGAACAUUUGAAAAUCAACUGAUGACUGACUGGUGUACUCAGUUUAUGAAUAAAUAUACUGUAUAUUCUUGACAUGUGGCAGCAACUAUUGCAGUCUCUUUAUCGAUUAAACGUACAGCCGAAGCUAAAAUGAUUCAAUCAAUAAAUACAAAAGGUGAGCUUUUAGAGAGAAGUGAAGAAAGUAAUUUACAGGAAAGCACAAUUCUUUUUUGAUACUACUCUCCUUAUCACUUAAGUAAUUGGGAGUGCUUAGCAAUUUUGCCAGCUUGAAAUGAAAUGAAUGCCAUUGAAAAGAAGAGUUUAUUGCAUAAAAUGUUUUUAGGUAAGUUUCAAAACAAACACUUUUCUUUACACCGACUUAAAAAAAAAAAAAAAAAAAAAACCCACACAAAAUAGUUUGUUUAACUUAACUUUUUUUAAACUAAUCAUUUUUUGACAGGUUUUGUUGUGAUCCAUCAAAAGGAAUAGUACUUUAACGGUUAUCCAGAUGGCUGACUCCCAACAGCGGUAACUUGCAGUGGAGAGUGUUUCAUAGUGUCAAUCAGAGAAGAUAUGCAGGCGUCCUGAUGCGUUGCCGCCCAGGAAGGCCUUCCUGCAGGGGUGGAAAGCCGUGACAGACAGCACGGUGUUGAGGUGCUUGUCGUCUUUAAAGAUGUGUAAGGACCGGCCGCUCUCGUGAAACACCUGCACGUUGCGUGGCUGGGACACGCUGCCCACCAUCAAGCAAUUCUCCUGUUUGGGGUCCCACACGGCCGACAGUUUGGACAGCCAGCGGCCCGUCUGCAUGUUAUGUCUGCAAAUGGACAGAGGAAAAAAGAAAACGCUGCCAAUGUCAGAUGUCACAGAAAACAUUUGGACAGUGUCGUCUUGUCAGUUGUGGUUUGAGUGACACAAAGUUCCAUUAUGCUUCUCUCCAGGGUAGCAAAAAUACAUAAUGUUACACACCACUGCAAUGUGCUUCUGGCUAUAUAUUUUAUUCAUUUCAUUUCAAUCAACUGAAUUCAUUUUUACUUUAUCUCUUGCAUUUUAAUACACAAGCUUAAGUGCAAUUAGUAAUGCCGCCUUUCGACUUCUCGGUACCUUACACAGUUUGACUGCUAAAAGGCUAAUGACCUUUUUUCAAUUGUCAAAAGCAGAUGCUAACACUAGCACGUACAUCUGGGAAAUGAACGGUAGGGGUUUCAAACGUUCCAAGUCAAUAACAUAUGGAUGAUAUAAAAUCAUUAGUGGAGUAGAUUUGUCAUGGAAACAUUGUGGCCGCACUGUUAGAAAUGGCAAAAAUAAGACAAAAGCUAACAUUAGCUUACCCUCUUCUCCGCCUUACUGCAGCGCUCCAUAUUCUUGCCGCCCCUCAGUCUCGUCUCAGGUAAAAUAAAAUAUGAGACCCUCGUUCU